ACAGUAAUCUCUACGAGUGCAAGUCCACCAAUCCUUUACGACUCGAGGAAGCCCAUAGGAGUGAAUGCGUUCAAGUUGGUGGCGUAUUCGUAGACCGCGCCGCUAGAGAAUUGCUCAAGAAGAAACUGGAAAAUUCGAGAUUUGGCACGGACGAAUUCCUCGACUUGAUGAUAGACUAUUUUGAAGUCAAGGAAAGUUGGCUUAUAGUCACCUUCCUGCUUUUCACUGACAUGGACACCAGACCAAGCGCCUUUUCGGGGGCUCGCUAUCGUCCAAUGUCAUCCAGUUUGGGAGGAAUAGCGAUAACGACCGCGCGAACAACAUCCUCAAAGGCAAGAUCACUAUGUCGAAGGAAGAAGUCGGAACUGCUUGAAAUUAUUGCGAGGUCGCAAAGUCCAGGUGAGUUUCACUGGGUCUAUUAUAAACUAAGAACUCAUUCCUGUCAGCACAUGCUACUUGUAGGGGGAUUCGGAGAGUCGCCACAUCUACAGCAGCGUCUGCGAGAACAAUUUGAGCCAAAAGGUUCCGAAAUCGUGACUGUUGACCAACCAUCUGGAGGUGAUCGUCUAAAGAUGUUGGACCCCUGGAUCGAGAAGGACAAAUCGCUUGUUCACAACUGGGAGCUUGUCAAAUUCUAUAGCAUCUCGUGGAAACGUCCUCCAACGAUGACCGGUCCUCUUUCCUGGGAGAUCAGUCUGAUGGCUAAUACGAAUAUUUCAGGGCACCCUCUUCCCAAGAUGAGGAGGAUAUGUACAGUGACGGCUGACCUUCCACAACUGGCUCCCGCUCUGGAGAUGAAGAUGGGUGCCACUGGCCAAUUCUGGAUCGUCAAUUUCGAGAUAGUUAUACGUCAGGGAAUGAGCGCAACGGUCCUGUUAGCAUCAUACCUGGAACGGCAUUCUAGUAGUCAGAGGACACGUGUACUAUGGGCUUCCUCGAGUCGUAAAGGAUUGGUGGACUUGCACUC